AAUAACAUGCGCCAAUCACCUCUUUUUCAUCAUCACCCCCGCGACCACCACGACAGACAGCCAGCCACCAUGUCUUCGGUCCUUUCGACUCCAUCAAAACUCACGAACCCGACGAGUUCCGCCUCCAUUCAUCGCGAGCAUUCCCCGCUGUGCAAGCACUCGCCGUCGGCGACGCUGGACCUACUGAUCCUGAUCGUCGUGCUUUUCUCCGGAACAUUCCUGCUUUCCUCCUACUUCUCCUAUCUCUUUCACUCCCUCUCUCUCCUCCUCUCCACUUUGCCUCUUCCUUACCUUCUCGUGUUCUUCGCCUUCUUCUUCCUCUGUCUCCUCCUCCUCCUCGACUUCUGCUGCGGUCAGCGCUCACGCCGCUGCGAUCGUCUGGGAUGUAAGGGCUUGAAGAAGGCUCUUAAAUUCGACUUGCAGUUACAGACCGAGGAAUCAAUCAGAUCCGCUAAGGACAUCGAUGCUUUACCCUGGAAGGGCGGCAGCGAGUCUGAUCCUGACUAUGAGUGUAUCAGGGCUGAGCUGUGGGAAGUUGUGCGAGAGGGGAGCGUAGCAUACCAAUUGAGUAUGAAGGAAUUUCCUAUAUUGAAAAGCAACGACAAACCCGAAAUGGAUUUGAAAAAGAAAGAGAUCGAUGAAGAGAUUGGAGAGGGGAGAUCAGCGAAAGAAAUCUAA